CUAGCAUUUCAGUCGUGCGACAAUUAGAAGAUUGUCGAGAAGGAAAAGGGGAUGCGUUUGGUGUAUUAUAUUCUCCUCAAACGGAACAAAUUAAUGGAGCUUUGUGUUCGUCACUUCACAUUGUUUCUAACUGUUUCUGUCAGUUCAAGGAAAGUCCAAUCCGAUGUUAUUUUUUUCUAUCGUGUAUUGACGAUAUGUUGACAAGCGGUCAGCUGUUUCCGGUCUAUGAAAAUACAGGUGGUUCAAUAGAAACCCACGAAAAACCCGGCUAAUUACUUUUAAUUAAAUAAGUGGUAGUUCGUCUGCUAAACCAGAGUAUAUAAAGAGUGUGUGAUGAAAUUUUAACGCGUGGUAAAUUUUCCUCCCUUAAUUUCCUUUCGGUUGUUACGGAUAAUGUUGAAACAAGAGUUUGAAGCACGCACGCCGAGAAAUGCUGAUAACUCGCACACGAGUACACCAGACUCAGGAAGUAACGACGUGGCCAAGGAGUCGAAUCAGAGGCUUGCGAUAGAAGACAAACUGGCCAGAAAGAUGUUUCCGUACGCCAGGGAAAUCUGUUUUUUCCUUGCAGUCACUUUUACCGCCUUGACCGCCCUUCAUAGCUCACCUCCUAAGAUAUCAAAGCCACCGUCAGCUAAACCAUUUUUUAAUCAGAGCUCGAUUGUCUUAGAUUUUUAUAAAGGUCAUCUAGGAGCUAUGAUAGAAAGAGUUACUGAAGCAGAUUUUAGUUUUGUUAUGUAUUAUGCUCCUUGGGAUGCAGAAAGUCAAGCAGUACGUCCGGAAUUUGAAAAUGUUGCUCAGUAUUAUCGCACACAGAUAUUUUUUGCUGCUAUUAAUUGUUGGCAUCCAAGCUCAGAGUGUAGAGCUCAAUAUAGCAAAAUUCAAAGUUAUCCAUUGUUAAUGCUUUAUCCAUCAAGGGACUCUGGCAUUGAAUACAGGGGUAUUCGUACUUGGCCAUACAUGAUUCGUUUUCUUAAUGCAGUCAUGAAUCCAAUUGUUAGAAUAACUCAUACAAAACAGUUGAUAGAGUUAUUUGUGAAUUAUGAUGCUGUGGUGGUAGGUUAUUUUAAUUUCACACGGUUGGAUAGAACUCCGGGUUACAGAGAAUUUUAUAAUGCUGCUAUACGUGUAUUAGAAAGAGAUCCUAAUAGAGAGCUGGCGUUUGCUAUCGUCACCAGUGCAUUGUCUAGUGAAAGAGACCAUAAUGUUUAUAAAUUUCCAUCUGCAAAUUUGCUCAUGUGGAAUGAAUCUUUCAGGUAUCCAGAAGACUCUGAAUGGACUUCCGAAAACAUAUUAAAUUGGAUUAGCAACUCCAUUCAUCAAUCAGCACUAUGGCUUCAGCCUCCUGGGAUAAAAUCACUAACAUUAGCACCAUAUUUGAAGGAAGGACCUGUACUUUUUCUCUUCACACCUCGCAAUCCUUUACACCCUGAAAAUUACAAUUACAAUCUGAUCAGAGAAAUUGGACUGCAAGAUUAUGUCUGUGUAGAUAAUCUGAUGGCUAAGAAUAUAAUUGAACAUCUCAGUUUUAAUCGUCGCACAGCUAUUGCCAGGCAUUUUGAGAAAAGUAGACAAUGUAUUAAGCUCUUAAAGGAAAACAAAAAUCAGUCAAAUGAAUCGACUGUCAGUGUUUCUAUUCAACGGUGGAUUAAUGAUAGUUGCUGUGCUAAUAUUGUCAUGAAUAAAUGUUCUGUAUGUAAGAAACUUGAAUUAAGCAAUGCAGAAAGAGAAGCGUCCGUUUGUAAGCUUGUUUCCAAUAAACUUAAUCAUGUAUGUAAAGGUGCAGAUAUUUUUAAAAUUUCCACCAUGGAAGAUCUGCAAGAGAAAUACGAUGUCUGUUGUAAUAAGGAUUAUGUAACAGUAAAAUUACAAGAAGGAUCUAAAUUUAGAAGCCAAAGAUACAAGACAUCGUUAGUUACAGCAAAUGAUUACGAUAUACGAUCUGCAAACGCAAUAAAGCAAGCAUAUUUAAAACAAGAUUGUAAAAGGUGGAUAACUGGAAACAAGUAUCAUCAACCUGUAUUUCCACGUGAUUCCCCUGAACAUCCUAAUAUAACUCUAACUGAAUCAGUGUGCAAAAUUAAUAAAACAUUGGCAUUGAUAGCAAUCGAUAGUUUGCAUUAUUUCCAUUUUGCAGAAGGUCUUGGAAUAGAUAUUCUAAAGAAGAAAGAUAAGACUGCUGUUGUUAUAUUAGAUUCUGCUCAUGAGAGUCAAUAUGUCAUGCAAGGCGAUUUUAAUCGAUAUACACUUAUACAAUUUAUAAAUAAUUAUACUGAAGGUUUUUUACAACGUACACUACGGUCUAAUAAUUCAAGGCGUUUUGUUCAAAAGUUUAAAAGCAAAACCAAUUGUGAAACGAAAGACGAUCAGAGUAUAUGUAUACCGGAAUUAACGACAGAAACCUUCUUAAGUACUAUUUUAGAUCCAACAAAGGAUGUGAUUGUAAUGUACUACUCUCCUUAUUGUGCAUUUUGUAGUGCAAUCUCUUAUAUAUACUUAACUGUGGCUCAUUACUUGCGCGAAAUGGAUCAUCUUUUAUUUGUAAGAGUUGAUGGUGAUAACAAUGAUCUACCAUGGGAAUAUAAUAUGAAUCGAUUUCCAUCUAUUCUUUUUUUUCCUGCUAAAAGAAAAGAGGAUAGCACGGUGUAUCCGUUUUCUCUGCCAAUUACCAUUCCUAAUUUCAUUAAUUUCGUUUUAGCGAAUUUAGAUGGAGAUUCGCAUGUCGAGGCACUUGUAAAUAUUUGUCAAUCUGGAACCGGUGAAUUAUCAGAUACGUGUAUUGUUCGAACACGUUGGCUGUGCCUAGAUAUCAUUCAACAACUACUUAGAGAUUAUCGAAAACUAAUAAGACACGUAAACUUAUUAGGAAAAAAGAAUGCUAGGAACAAGAGAAAAAUCAUUUUACUAAAGCUGGCACAUAUUAAGGAUAUACACUUGAUAUUAGGUUCCACUACCGAUCUCAGAGAGGAUCAACACAAAGUAAAAGUUAUCAGGAAAAAAUAUAGAAAAUAUUAUAAAAGUAUUAGGUUAAUCGAAUUAGAUAGUAAAAUGAAUAGCCAUCAACUUGAAGAAGCUAUUCUACAAAAAAAUGUUUUUGAAAGAAAAACAAUUAAAAGCGAAUUGUGAUAUCAAUUUAAUAAUAGAUAUUUUCUGAUAAAUGUUAUGUUAUUUAAGUUCUUUAAUGACCUCAUACUAAAUGUACAGUCUAUACCUCACAAAACUUUGUAUUCUGCAGAAGCAAAAUGUGUCCUGUUGAAGUUUGAAUGUCUUGUGCAAAUGAAUAUGAUAAUAUAUUUAAACAAUUCUGUGUUGCUUUUGUGAGUAUAUGUUCAAAAAAGAUGUACGUUUUUUUUAUGAUUUUGGUACAGAACAUUCCUUUCUAAUACUCAAAUUGAAUAUUUACGUACACCUACGUCUGGAAAGAUCUUCAAUUUUGUAUGAUGCGAAAUAAAUUACUUUAGGCUAUUAUAUUAAGGUAAUCGAAAUGAUUUUAGUUUUUUAUUGAUAAAUUUAUAACAUUUGAAUGAUUAUAAGACAAAAGUGAUAAUGAAGAUAAAUUUCAAUUA